GGCUGCGAACUGGAUUGGAGUUAAGCGUACUAUGACUACCAUCUGGCGACUCAAUCAAUCAAUGGAAAUCAAGGAAUUGAGUCCAAAUUAUUUCCAGUUCAUAUUCCAAAGUAGAGAAGAUAAACAGAAAGUAGCAAAUGGCAUCAAUUGGAGCUUCGAAAACCAGUAUCUCGUUCUUAAGGAAUGGCAACAUGGUAUUUCAAGUAAGCAUUCCUAUUUUCAAGAUCUCAAUAUUUGGGUUCAAGUUACAAACACACCCAUCAAUUGGCUGAGCACUGAGGUGGGACUAAAAAUAGGAAAAGUUUUCAAGAAUGUUAAGAACGUUGUUUUAGCUAAUGCUGGGAAUCACGGUGGCAAAUAUCUUAGAUUGCUGGUCAUAGUUAACCUGAAUGAGCCUUUGCCUAGAGUUGCAAACAUCGGACUGGGAGACCAAACAGCUCAGGUAGGAUUUAAAUAUGAAAAUCUUCAAAAUCUGUAUCACUAUUGCGGUAUAAUUGGGCAUUUGGAUAGAAGUUGUUCAAAGAGGAUUUCAGACAUCAAUAGUAACUCUCUUAAAGAAGGUCAAUAUGGAGAUUUUCUGAAAGCAACAGAAAACCAGAUAUGGUUUGACAAUGCAAAUUCAAGUUCCAGAGGUUCUCCAUCCACCGAUUCCCCCACAAGGAAUGAGAACAGAUCUCCUCCAAACACAUCAUCUCAGCAAGCUGAAACCAGUCAACAGAUUAUCCCUGUCCCAAACGCAACACCUACCAGGAACAUAGAGAAAGACCAGGACUCAGUAGCUUCAGCCUCUCAUACUCCUGAGGUCAGAGACACAUCAGUUGAAUCCAAUCUGCAAAUAGUGGAAUCAAGCAAAAUAAUGGAGUUGGACCCUCUUCCCUAUACUCCAGAAGCAGUUCUUUCAAUUAGAGAUAUAGUAGUUACCAACUCUUCUCAUCCUCUGAAGACUUGGAGAAGGGAUAUGAGCAAAGCAGGCAGACUGCUGAGGGAGUCUGCUAUUUCCAUUGUCACUGAACAAGAUCCUCUGAAAAAAAGGCAUAGGACUUCAGAAGAAGAUCAAUCAAACUCUCAUCAGCAGAUCAUCCUAAGUCAAACAGCACCAAAAAAGCAUAAACAGCAAGAGCACAAUGAAAAG